UUAUAAAUACCUUCAAAGCUUCAACCCACCCUCUCCUCUCCCUCACUCUUCCCUUUACCCUUCGAUUCCAGGUCCGUUUGCUACUACGGCAGCCAUGUCGGCUUAUUAUUACUCCGGUUUCCCAGAUAACCAUGAAGCUCACUACCUCGAUUCCUGCUCCGUUUGCGGCAAUUCGCUUCGCAAUUCCGAUAUUUUCAUGUACAGAGGGAACACGCCGUUUUGCAGCAAAGAGUGCAGACAAGAACAGAUGGAGGUCGAUGAAGCGAGUGAGAAGAGGUUGAAAUCCGGUAGAUCUAUGAGGAAAUCGGAUUCCAAGAGUUCCACGCCGCCCAACAAAACUGUACGGACGGUGAUUGUUACGGUGUCGUGACGACGAUUGCCUGUGCUUUUGAUUCUGUGGUGUAGAGUGAUUUGGUAGCGUCAAUUUUGGGGUUGGGAAUGACGAAACAAAAGCGAAAAACAAGAUGAUCAGAAACAAGGAAAAAGCUUCGAUGGGAUUCGUUUCUUGUCAAUUGAUCUUCUUUUUUCCUGGGGUUUGAUGGUUUUGAGGCGUGGAUGUUUAUAUAAGGAGGAGGGGAGGGAUCCGAUUGUGCAGUUUCUCAUCAAUGAAAAGUGUUCAAAAGGAUUCAUAAUUUUCUGGA